GAUCCUGGGACGACAAGUUAUUCGUUUCCUGGUUUGGAGAAAAAUACCAACUACACAGUGAAACUGUUUUCCAGAAAUUUUGUAUUCGAAGGAGAUCCUACUGUAUGGAACAUUAAAACCAAGUUUGAAGGUGAGGAAUCAAAAGUGAUAUCCUACGCGGUUACGUUCCGUAAAUGUUACCUGAUUUAUCAAGCAUUGUUUGGCUUGUCGUUUUUUUUUUUAUUUUCUGAUGUUCACGUUUCAAAAUCUGCAAUAUGAAUCAGCCACAACAACAGCCGCUACAUAGGGACCUUAGGUUAGUUGGAUACAUUUUUCCUAAACUCUUACUGACCAUAUUCAGAACGCCCAAUAACCAACUAUCCCUUUAGACAGUGAGACGAUUUCCACACAUCGUUUGACCAAAGAAUUGAAGUUUGAAGAAAUGGGCCUUUCAUGAAUGUCGCUUCUAAUAUGCAAAUAUUAUGGGAAAAUCUCGUCAAACAGUGUGUGGACGGCCUCGAAGAAUCCUUCGUAUAUUUUCUUUAAGAUGAGAUAUAGCUUAUUUUUAUUUUGCAGGGAUUAGCCCAAACCAAAACAAUUAAGGUUGCCGUUUUCAAGAAAGUUUCUUUCGAAUCUCAUCCGGCACAUAUCUCACUCAACGAAAAAACUAUUAACUGCUUUUUUCUUUCCUUUGCUGCCAUCACUUAGCUGAUGCAUCUCUCCCACAUCAAAAAAUUUCACUCUCCCACACUGAAUUCCGAGAACUCUUCUGUCAUUUUCACCACCACGGCACUUUAUUCUUCAUACCGAUGAAAGCGACUUAGAACUUAGCCUCCUCUGCGCACCGUAAUUUCGACACCAGAUUACUGAACUGCGAGAACUCAGAAUUGUCGGCGAUUUCGCUUUAGCUUAAUUAAGAAUGUAUGAUCACGCUGCCUCACGCUGCGAACAGAGAGGUUGUCUAUCUUUUCACAGGUUUUUUGUUUGUUCACUCUCUCUUUUGUCUCUCUCUCUCUCUCUCUGGUCUCUCUCUCUCUCUCUCUUUGGUCUCUCUCUCUCUCUCUCUCUCUCUUUGGUCUCUCUCUCUCUCUCUCUCUCUUUGGUCUCUCUCUCUCUCUCUUUGGUCUCUCUCUCUUUGGUCUCUCUCUCUUUGGUCUCUCUCUCUUUGGUCUCUCUCUCUCUUUGGUCUCUCUCUCUCUAUUUCUUCCUUUUGGAAAAGGGAAAAGCUUUAGCUAUGAGUAUCGUUGCUUUGCAAGUUUAUUAGAAAUUGCAAAAUACCAAGAAUCACUUUUCAACAACGACCCAACCAGUAUGAUUUCCCGCUCAAAACACGGGUUGCAAAUUCUUUCCUCGCGCUGCUUAACGUCCUCUAACCAACAUGAAACCUUUCUAGGUUUCUACAAAUAUCUUUGAAGUCGAAUCUAAAGUCUCUUGUCGUUAUCAAGCUUGAGAUGAAAUAUUCUAGUUCUAGCUUGUCUUUGUUUAAAUCAAACUUUAACAGCGCAAGAAACAGAAACAAGAAAAAUUUCGUAUUUCAGGGGCUAGAGUUGCCACGAUCAUUGAAAUUUGGUUUCAAGAGGAGAAUCAUGAAACACGAAUAAUCUGAAGAGAAGAACUGAAAACAGGUUGAAAGUGACUAUUCUUUUUAAUUUAGUACAACUAUCAGAGGAGUUUGACACGAUAGAGAAAACUGUGGAGUGAACAAUCAUAACUGGCGACAUAAAGAGAAGAUAUAAGAGAAGCCCGUACGUUUCUGGCGUAUUGUUUCACUGACUCACUCUUCUCAUUUAUACCCAUCUAUUAGUCGACCGGUAAUCUCUUAACUGGACGUUGCUUAUGGUCGUUUCUUUCAACUCUGACUCAUUUUCCCAAACCAAAGUUCACAAUAACGCUCAUUGAAAUAUCAUUUCAACCGACGCUGACAUCAUACACGACAUCUGAAGAAGAAGCUGUGCGUACUACAGGUUUAUUCUGAACCUGUGCGCACUAUGAUUGCAUUGCAUCAUGGUUGCAAAAGCAAAACUGAAGCCCCGUUUAAACGGUCAUGAUAGUUGAAGAUAGUGUCAACUAUCAAGCGCGUUUGAACACGAACUGUCAUGUUCUAUCAUCGCAUUUCAUCAAAAAUCAUGUAGUUUGGACAUGUCCAAAUUCGACAUGAUAGUUAAUGAUAGUUUUUGCUGUUUGAACGAGAGAAGGAUAGUGAAUGAUAGUUGUUAGGUCAGCAGUUUUGCCCAAGAACGGGCUCAAACCGAAAUGGCAAUGGUAAAAUGACUAAAAUAGCCGUCGAAAUUUACCAGAAUGUCUCGUAGUUAAUUCCUAUCAUUUCCUGGUAGGCUAUAGUAUCUUUAACUUGUAACUUCUUGACUAAAAUUUCAAAUGCCGCUGAAAUUGCUGACCUCAGCGCGCACCGUAUUUGUGUACAAUUACGCGAUCUCAUUGCGUGAUAUUUUGUCAACUAUCAUUAACUGUCAUGAACCGUUUGAACACAAAUUUGAUAGUCAAUGAUGUGAAUGAAAGUUGUAACUGUCAUUCAGUUGUCUAUCAUUAACGUUCAUGAUCGUUUGAAGUCAUUUGCAUCUUGUCGCAGUCGAGUGAACAUCUUUGAUGGAAGAGAGAGUAGCGAGAAAUGUAUAUAAUGGGAAUUCACUGUCUGUUGCCGCUCCUUCGUUAAAAAGGAAAGUUAAAAAGAGUUGAAGGGCCUGUGGACUCUCGUAAUUCUUCCGCGACCAAAUUCGUUCUUAGGAGGCAACUAAAGAGAUCCAGAAAGAAUCGAAAUAGCAGUCUUGCUUAAGAAUCUUCACGAACGGCAGCAAUUACACUCCCAGCUGAUGGCUGUGUGAAUGAUAUCGAAUUCAGAAGUUGCAUUCCUAGACGGGACUUAUUUAUAAUGACAGGGAAUCGACCCUUGACAUGCAAAUGUAUUACAAAGAGAUAGAGUCAUCCGCCAGGCGUAAAUAGGGGGCUGGAAUUUGAGGUCGCUACGUUGAUCACUGUAUCAGUGCUACUUUUUUCACCAGAGAGGAACUCAGUCAUUUUUUAAUUGCGGUCAGUUACUUUCAUUGAGCUCUAAAAUAGAUCUAGGAAAUUUCUGACACCUCUUUGGCUUCUCUAGAAGUCAGAGUUAACAGAUAACAGUCUAUGCAUCAGUGGGUGUGCUACAGACCCACGAUGUCUCAUAGUUUUGUCAUCUUCAAAUCUAUCACAUGUCAAGAAUACCAUUCCUUGUUCUCAGUGUCUUAGGCUUCAUCGCCUAUAUAUUGACAGUUCUGAUUUUCCAAGAUGUCAGAGGUAAUACGUCAGUUCUUCUCCUACCUUUGUCAUUCAAGGGAGUCUUAACUGAUCGAAAGUCGGCAUUCUACAAACGUCACAGAAGGAAAAAAAUGAUCGUAUUCCAUUUUACCGGCAAGACCUGUCCUUCUGACAAAUUUAAAUUACUUCAAAAUGAUCCAAAAACUGGUAUAUUAUUUUCGCAUAAAACAUAGACUACUAUUUGGUCAGAAAUACUUUCUAAAUAAAUGAUCAACCCGAGGCUUUCACCUUGCGUGCAUGACACAAAACUUUUCCUUUCAUAAAUAAUGUUGAGACUGCCUCCACCAAUGUCAUCUAUUUCAUAACUUGCGGUUAUUUAAAAAAGUUAUACUUCGGCGAAAAAGGAAGACGACUUGGGGAACGAUUCUGAGAACACCAUCGUGACGCAAAAUACAAGAAAAAAAAUAUCUCUCAAAUUGGCCUCACAUUCGUACAUUUUAUGCCAGUGGUCUUUGUAAGUAAAGGCUGUUUUUUGUACAUUAGUUCAAAUGAUAAUCCUUGGGCAAAUAAACAAACGUUCAUUUUAAGUCGUAUUUUGUUUUUCCCCAUUUCAAACAGUAAGCACAGAAGUUUACCUGACAGCGACAAUACAGGAGAACUGUAGCAGACGUUUAGAAGUUGCUGCGAAAUUUCCAGAAAUGGUUAGAUAAUCUACUUGAUCCAUAUACUGGAGUUUAUGGAAUACUGCCAUGAGAUUUAUCAUGAAUAGUGAAUCUUAAUCAAUCUGUUCUUGAAUCAAAUCUGAAUAUUUCUGUUAAAAAAAAAGAUAUUCUGAACGAUCUUCAAUAUGUGACAAGCAUUUGAAUACACGUUUUUUCUUGAUAUGUCCUUUUAGGCUUGUCAAAUUGCCUUGAGGUUUGGCUGCUCAUCCGCCAACACUGUGAACACUAGGUAAGGUACAGUUUGUUGUUCUACACUGAAACAACAAACGCAAACUCAAAUUUGCCUUCUAGUAGGGGAGAGGACCUUUAUUUCAAUGCGUUGUAUUUUAGCUGUAAAAGUGUUUUUUCUGCUCUAGCAAAUCUUAUUUAAUACAAGAAAAUUUAUGUUUGAAGUAUAUUGUCUUUGAUAUUGUCUUUAUUUACCUUGGUUUAAUACAUUGGUUAAAUCUCAAUAUAUUUUGACACUUAAAAAUCACCAAAGUUCGAACGUGUGCGAUGAUACUCUUUGCUCUCUCUCCUCCCCCCUUAUCUAGGUGUGGCAGUGUUGUUAUUGACUUUAUGAUGAGGUUCAAUCAAACUGUAGUCGUCAGCAAUGUUUUGAUUGUCCUGUUGGAUGCUGCAAGGCAAGACAAAUUCAGAGGUUUUAAAGUCAAUCCAGACUCAAUUAAACAAGUUUUAUUACCCACAGAUGGCUCGGAAAGCACAGCAAAAGGUAAAUUUUACAAAUACAUUGUUCAAUGUUUACACGUAUUCUUCUGAAGAUGGACUUUUUAUAAUUGUAUUCCGUAUCUAUUUAAUUAAACAACUUAUUCUGUGACUGAUACACUUCCAAGUUUUUGUUUUUGUCGUUGUUGUUUUAUUUAAUUAAACAAAGUCUUACUCUUAAAAAUUAUUUUAGAGAGAGUAGCACCUUACUCUUCCUUCGUACCAAGCCAAUUAGAGUUAACGUUUUCCGGUCAUGAACCUCAGCUAUGUAGUGAGAGCAGUGUAUCGACCAGGAUCAGUGUAAAUGUUGUUUGAAUGUUAUUUCAUCAAGCUUUGCAAAAUGAAUCAUUUUAGGUCCUGAGGAAUGUAACUGCCCAUCCAACAACGUCUUGUUGGCCGUAAUUGGGGUUCUUGCCUUCACAAUCCUUCUUCUAAUUAUUUACAUAAUCUGGCUACAUAAGAAAGGUAGGUAAAAGAAUCAUAAUCUAUGUUUGGCUGCAAGAUUCUUUUUCACGCAAAAGCAAAUUUUUACUCACGUUUACAUCAUUUGUAUUUUUUCCUUUCGUUCUUUUUCAGGCGCUGUAGGGAAACAGAGGUAAGAAUUUUCUGCUAGUUGGAUUGUGUCGAUGUAAUAUGCCCGAUAUGGUUUCAUCUUAACACAAAACUCCAAUAAAAACUGAUGAAAUUCUUAGCGUUUUAUAAUUAUUUCUAUGCUUUCUCAAUUGUAGGACUUAUGAAGAUGAGAGACGUGUUUACGACGUAAGUAAAUGAGAGGGAAAAAAUUUGUAGUUCUACAUAAAAAAAAGCAUAUUGCAUCAGUGGCAGAUACAAUGAAAUAAAAGAGGAAGUUAGGCUCAAUAAGGUCUUUGUCCUGUGAUCAUGUCCUUUACCAAGCCACUCCAUGGAUUUUCCUUCGAUUGUCCCUGGUUCAACCGCUUGGUUUCACUUCACAGAUCGCUAGUUGGUCUGCACCCGGUUGAUAUUUGCUUUCUAAAUAAUAGAUUUCGUGCAUUUAGGGCGUCGUAUUUUCUUGAUGCCUUAUUUUCUAAACGUGAGUUUAGGAGCUUGGUACUGCAAGAGUUGUUUCGUGUGUUUAUUUGUCAAAAUAUUGGACUACCAAUCGACAAUCUUCACGUUGCAGUUUGUAACUUCGACGAAUAUGCUAUGAGCCUCGAUCACUCUAUUGGACAUGACAAUUUCAAAAGCAGAGAACAAAAUGUUAGUAAUAAUAAUGACAAGAGGUUAUAAACUAUUUAUAAUCUCUUAUCAUGGAAGAAUAUAAACAUUUGUCUGAUAAAAAUGGGUGAACUGAUUUUUAUAACCAUGAGGUACUUUUUACUGGGAUUAAUAACCUUAACAGUGUGUUGGUUUUAUAGAAUGAAACAUUGUUAGAAGAUAUCGAACCAAGUCUACCUGAUUCAAGAAAACUCACCCAGCCUCAUGCGGAAUACAUGGAUCUCAUAGAAGUCAACAAAGAUGAUAGAAAAGCACAAAGUACCCCUCCAGGUGCUGAUUACGUGCCUCUUCAUCCAUUAACACGCUGCUGGGAAGUUCCUGGACAUAACGUGACCAUAGAAAAAAUCAUCGGUAAAGGUGCUUUUGGUCAGGUUGCCAAGGGAACAGCAGUAGGACUUCGAGGGAGUCCUGAAACGACCACAGUGGCUAUUAAGAUGCUUAAAAGUGAGCUCUUGUACUGUAAAUUGAAUGAGUCUUGGCCUACAGACAUUCAGGAAAUGUUACCGGGUUACUGUAAUUAUUUAGCUAUUUGCCAUUUCAUAAGUUAUGUUGUUAUUCCGACAUUUCGCAUAUUAUUCCCGUUAACCAAAUUUUACUCCUUGUUUUUAAUGCUCCAGCAAACGCUACUGAAUCGGACAAGAGAGAUCUGAUGAAAGAACUUGACACAAUGAAACAGCUAAAACCACAUCCUUACGUCAUUAAACUUCUGGGAUGUGUUACUGAAUCUGGUAUGCUUUGGUUAUGCGGGUCUAAUUUUGCUGUACACAUUUUUCUUAUGAUUUACUCUGUAACGCUUUCUCGUCAUUGAUAAUUUGCCUCAGUGGAAGGGUGACCGCUUCGCAAUUGAACAAAACAAACAACCAUCGCAUAAAGUAAUUUUAUCUUAUUUUAGCCAACACAGACGUUCCUGGAUUUACUGAUAGACUAAGACCGAAUAUUUGCCACUGAACAGAUCAUUCUGUUGUAGAAGCAGAAACGCUUUUUGUAAGGGAAUAAUUGGUCUGUACUUUCUUAUGAGACCGUCGCAUAGUUUUUCUUGUUUUCAUGCGAUUUCUUCAAAAGUGUUGACCAUGACUGGGCCAUUCAUCUAUUUCAAUUACUGCUUUUUUUUAAAAGAAAGUAACAUAUCAAUUAAAUUAUUUAAUUUCUUCAGAACAGCUGUUGGUUUUGAUUGAAUAUGUGCCUUUUGGGGAUCUGCUGGGUUACCUGAGAAAGAGCCGUGGAUUAAAAGACACUUACUACAAAGACCCGGAUAUCAAACCACAAACAAAUCUGACGUCACAGCAGCUGAUGAAGUUUGCGUGGCAAAUUGCUGAUGGAAUGAGUUACUUGUCCGCAAAAUCUGUAAGUUAGUUAAAAACACAAAAGACAAACAAUUCUAUCGUCAUGUUAAGCUCUGGCAUGGAAUAUUAUGUCUUCACAAGAUCACGCCUGGGAGAUGCAGACGUAUUCUUACUGUCUUGUCGAGGCUAUUUCUUUAGGGCCAGGAACCCUCCCGAUUUUGACGUCAUCAUAUAAGUUUUAUUUCAAUGCGAGAAUGGCGAUAUUUGUGCAUCAUUGCAAGUGUACCCCAUCGAAAUAAAAUAUCUGGGUUUUUCUCGUGUGAGCAAAGGCAGAGACGUGAAGGAAUAGGAUCUUUUAAGAUAUUCAGCUUAAACUGAGUGUACAACAAAUAUCCAUUUUAGUGACAAGGAAGAAAAGGAAUUAAAACUUCAACUUAAAAAAAUCGUCUUUGGUCGCUAAACUGCUUCAUUACAGAAUCCUAUUUCGAUUAAAAUGUUAAGGUAAGCGUUCUUUGAAAUGACUACGUAUUGCAAAAAAAAAGUAGUUUGCUUCUCUUUGGGAUAUGGAGCAGUUAUUGCAGUAGUUUUAAUUUUCUGCCAUCUGGAAGAAAAAGAAAUACACACACCAUAUUAUGUUGGUAGAUAUUUCUAUUUUCCUCUCUGAACCAUUUCAUUUCAGUUCUUUUUCAUCUACAAUCGCUAAUUUUUGCUGUUACAUCAAUUCUUUCUUAGAUCAUUCACCGAGACCUUGCGGCCCGUAAUGUGUUGGUUGGACAAAAGGAAAUGUGUAAAGUGACAGACUUCGGAAUGGCCAGAGAUGUGCAGCAGGAAAAUAUUUAUGAACGAAAGACAAAGGUAAUCAAGAAAAAGGGGAGGUGAGGGCGGUAUCACAUUUCGUUCAGUUUAGUGAUCUUUGACAUCAUUGUUGUGGUUGAGCUGAUAUAUUCCUGAUUUCGAUCAUGAAUUCCUUGGGACCCUAAUGAAACUAUCAGCCAUGCGUAUACGAGUACAAUUUUAAAUAUCACUAUUUCUGACUACUCGCUACCUAUAAUUCUCGAGCUGUUUCACAAAGUGAUAUUUAAAAUCUUUAGGGCCGUCUUCCCGUGAAGUGGACAGCUUAUGAGGCCUUAUUGUAUGGUAAAUAUACCACCAAAAGUGACGUGUAAGUAUACCUGAUUAUUACCCGUAGCAGUUUAUCAAAAAUUUUAUCAAAUUAAUCAGGACUUGAAUUCUAUGCUUUGUCAAAGAAUACAUAUAUUUUAUUAGUCGUAUAUACUGUUUAUGUCUAUAGUCACUUAAUUUAUAUUCGUUUGAUUUGUCUUUUUGCAGAUGGAGUUAUGGAGUUUUGUUGUACGAGAUUUUCACCAUAGGUAACAUCGAGUAAAAGUUUAUGAGGCUCUGUGGAUGUUUUUUGCGUUAUACCAUGUUUAAUUAAACAAUGUAUCGUGUUCAGUCAGACAAACGUAAUGAGCUUCAAACUACAUCUAGUGACAAAGGUGGUGUUUCAUUGAAGGUUGUUUUUUUUGUCACAUUAAUAUUUCGAUGGUCUUGUGGUUCUUCCAGGCGGUUCACCUUACCCACGAAUGGAUGGAAGAAAAAUUGCAAACUUACUCCAGGAUGGAUACAGGAUGCCUAAACCACAACACGUCGAUGAAAAAUUGUAAGUUUUCUUUAUUUACUUGUUCUCCCUCGUCGUACAAGGAAACAUUCUUUAAAUCUUUAACAGAUUAUUUGAAUAAUACCAGGUAUCAGAUCAUGAUGAAAUGCUGGAAGAAUGACCCAGACGCAAGACCAACUUUCACUGAAUUGAAAAAUCAGCUUAAGGACAUGGAAACCCUACACAAGGUCAGAAUUUUUAUCAAUAUGAAGUUUUUUUUUUUUUUUCACGUAAGACCGACUGGCUUGGGCUCAGCUAAUUAGGGUUAAACGUAACAGCAUUGAUCUUAAAUAGCGUCUCAAUCACAAUUGAAUGUCUCAAUGACAAUUAACACUUGAUGGUUAUUUAAAACAUCAUAGGAUGAUUGCAAAACUGCAUUGAGACGCACAAAGAGUAGCAGACGACGACGCCAUAAAAUACUUCCUCCUUGAAUUUGUUUUGGUGUGAAAACCUGACCACUUGUGAGGAUAACCACUUAAAACUUUUUUAAUGUUGCUGAUUAUUAUAUUAUUUUUCUCUGCAGAAGCUAAUUGACAUGAAAAUGUACGACAAGCAAUUGUAUGCAAACGUCGAGGAUUUAACGGUGUAG